UAAGUGAAAGCCCACUAUCCAAACCGCUUAGAAACCCUAGGAAUAAGAUUGGAGGCUGAUAUACAUUCUCCACUGUCGCCUCGGGUUUUUGCCAUUUCAGUCGCGGAGCCCCAAGAGUAAUAGAGGUGGUGAGAAGAUGCCGGCAGGUCAUGGGCAGAGAGCGAGGACUAGGGAUUUGUUCUCCAGGCCCUUCAGGAAGAAGGGGUAUGUGCCACUGACAACGCACCUGAGGACCUAUAAGAUAGGGGAGUACGUCGACGUCAAAGUUAAUGGAGCCAUCCACAAGGGCAUGCCUCACAAGUUCUAUCACGGCCGCACUGGACCCGUCUGGAACGUCACAAAGCGCACAAUUGGUGUUGAAGUUAACAAGCAGAAAACAUGAGUUGAUACUUGAUACAAUGGGGUUUUGGAAUAAUUAGCUUAUUUUCAAUGAAGUAUGUGACACGCUCAUGGUCGUGGGCAUUAAUUAGUGCUGUGGUUUGUGCAUCUUAGUCUGCUAUGGAGUGCCUUGUAAGUGUGGUGAGAAAAUUAGAUCAAUGUCUGUUGUAGCUGAUGUAUUGAUUUGAGGUGCUCUAGUAUUUGUAUCUUUGGGUCUGCAUAGGGGACAACAUCUCGUGUAACUGGAAUGGAUUUAAAUUGAAGUGGUUUGCUCUUGUGACUUGUAUAUAACUAUAUAUGUGUAUGUGUAAUUUUCCUUGA